CAAAUUUUCUUCUCCGAUAAUUCCCAAUGCCAAACCCACAUUCUUGAAUCAAUCGAGCUCCAGAUGAUUUUGCAGCUUCAUAAAUAGAUUCUAGAACCUUCGACCCCAUAUUAUGCAUGUUUUUGUUACACCAGAGACGGUAUUUCGCGAUGAAUUUUCAUUGUUUUCAGAGGAGUUUUUCUCCCGCCUCAUCAUCGUAUCAAUCCCCUUUGGUUCCGGUGAAUCUUCCAUCUCCAAUGGAAACCCAUUUUUGGUUUGUUUUGCCCGACCAAAUAAGGAGUUCGAGCCUUAUGAAUCGGUAUUCGGAGCUUCUAUCGCCGUGUGAGAAAGAUCACGUUCUGAGCAUGCGUGGGGAUCAGCUCAGGAAAAGUGCUCUGCUUGCUCGAGCUCUGGUUCGAACCACCAUUGCUAGAUAUACGAAUUCUCUUGUGGACCCGAAAUCCUUGAAGUUCAGGAAGAACAGUUACGGGAAGCCUGAGGUAGAUUGGGAAAAUGCUGAUUGGCAACCAGCCCCAUUGCAUUUCAAUAUCUCACACACUUCCUCUUUGAUAGCUUGUGGAGUGACUGUGGACGCGCAAAUUGGGAUUGAUGUUGAAGAAAAGGCACGGAAGAUAAAAAGUCAUGUCUUAGCUUUCGCUCGGCGGUACUUUUCUUCUCAUGAGUUGGAACAUUUGUCUGCCAUUACGAAUCCUGAAAUCCAGCGUCAGGAGUUUAUGAAGCUAUGGACUCUUAAGGAGGCAUAUGUGAAAGCACUGGGGAGAGGUUUCUCAGCUGCACCUUUUAAUACCUUCACCAUUCGAUUUAGGCCAGUAAUACCUAAAGGAGAAAUUCGCGUCUUAAAGGACACGGAUAAAAAGGCAUCUGAAAUUAUUGUUGAGUCAUUUGAUGACCCCAAUAUCCUAACAAGCAAUUGGCAAUUUGCACUUAUGGAGUUGGAUGGUUCACACUACGCUGCCAUUUGCAUGGAAAAGGCAAAACUCGUUGAAGGGAAGGAGCCUCUUCCGCUGAGAUUGUCUGUGCGCAGAACCAUUCCAUUUGUUGAAGAUGAAUGUAUUACUGGAACUAAUAUGUUGUAGCGAUCGCUGGAUAUACGUGAUCAUUUUAGAUGGUCAUAUUCUUUUAGGGACUCUUAUCUCAAACAUAUGGUUUGAAAUUAUGUUGUAGUGAAGCGACUGGAUGUAAAUUCUAACCGUUCUUCGAUAUAAGCAA